UUACAUGUGAAGUUGACUUUAUAAAUAAGAAUUUUUGAUUCCUUAAAAAUCUCGAUUUAAUUAAAUUUGAAGCAUUUUAAAGGCAAAGGAACUAUCGAAACAUGUCAGCGAUCAAGCUUAUUGGCAGGAAAACAGAUUUUAAAGGAAAAUCAUUAUGGGAAAUUCUUGGAAACUUGAAAAAUUUUGGAGAAAAUCGUGUUGUUGUUCGUUCAAUGAUGGAGAGAUAUCCAGAGAAAAGUUUCAUGCGAGUUCUUCAAGUUGAGACACUUCCAAAUGAGGAAAAUAGAAAAAUAAGAGUUCUUGUUGAGAAAGUAUUUCGUGGAAGGAAGUAUGACAAGCCUGUUUGGAUAGAAGGUGCUUCAUAUAAAACAGACUAUAGGCUUUUAUCAAAAAAGGAGGAAGCAGAUUACUGUAAAGUCCAGACAACAGAACAUGAAAAUAUUAAGCUGAUUGAUCCAAAAAUGGAAUUUCCACCUUUACUAAAAGAGUUUCUGAUUAAGGAAACUGGGAACAAAGAUAUUAAGCUUGAUGUUUUCCUGAAACGAGGACAUAAUAAAUUCUAUAAAUUAGCAAAGGAGGGUGAAACGCCAAAUAUAACGAUUCCCAUGAAUAUAGGCAAACCAGCUUCUCAAAAAUUAUACAAAGGUUUAGAUCUAUAGAUUAAUUAAUAA